GCAAGAGUUGGCGUGUGCUGUGUAGUGUUCCGCGCGUAAUUUCCGCGUCUGGCAGUGUGUCGCGUGUGUGUACGUGUGUGUGAGUGGGCGGGGAUGUCUGGGAGCACAGGGUGACAGCCGAAAUCCUGCGCGGGCACCGUCGAGUCGCCAUUGGACUGAGAUCUAACGAAAUUUGAGUAGAAGAUAACAACUGUAUCGUGCAAAAAAGUCCUACUAACCUCGACUUUGGACUGAGUCUUUCACCAUAGUAACCGCAGAACAGAGGACAUUCGAGGUCCUUUCCUCCAUUAGAAGCAAAACGUCUACUCUCAGCGAGUGAAGUGUCUCACGAAUUGUUAACUCGAGGAGGACGUUGCGGGGACAGGUAGCGCAGUGGGUGUGGUGUCGAGUGAUGUGCAGUGGAGUGCAGUGAAAGAUGGGCUGCAGCCCCGUGAGCCUGGAGACGCUGCUGCCGCGCUGCCUGUGCGCGCUCAGCCCGGCCAAGAUCCUGCUGCAGGGCGUGGCCGGCGCCGCCGGGGGACACCUCGAGCGCCCAGUUUUCCCCAAUGCGCCAUCUGCCCCCGGGAUGCCUUGCCAAGGAGAAGACAGGAGUAUAUAUCGACGAGGUGCUCGGAGAUGGAGGAAGUUGUACCGGGUCAAUGGACACAUCUUCCAGGCGAAGCGGUUUAAUCGACGAGCGUUUUGUGCCUUUUGUCAAGAUCGUAUUUGGGGUCUGGGGCGCCAAGGCUUCAAGUGCAUCCAGUGCAAGCUCUUGGUGCACAAGAAAUGCCACAAGCUGGUGCAGAAGCCCUGCAGCAGUGAGCAAGUUGAGCCCAUUGUUAAGGAGGAGCACAAUGGAGAAACCCCGACAAUCAGUACACCUACAUCAGAGCUGUUACCAGAUUUGAAAGAAUUUCCAGAACCACCACUAGAUCUUACAUCAGACUCUGUCCCUGUUGAAGAUCCAACAAAGACUGAUGAGGAGUCUCUGGAGCCAGGAUCACAACGACAGUACUCCCUUAAUGAUUUCGAGCUGAUUCGUGUUAUUGGUCGUGGGAGCUACGCUAAAGUUCUUAUGGUUGAACUGAAGAAGACACGUCGUAUAUAUGCCAUGAAGGUUAUUAAGAAGGCACUCGUCACUGAUGAUGAGGAUAUUGACUGGGUGCAAACAGAGAAGCAUGUGUUUGAAACAGCAUCAAACCAUCCCUUCUUGGUAGGCCUGCACUCGUGUUUCCAAACACCGAGUCGGUUGUUUUUUGUUAUUGAGUUUGUACGUGGAGGUGACCUGAUGUUCCACAUGCAGAGGCAACGUCGCCUUCCAGAAGAACAUGCUCGUUUCUAUGCAGCAGAGAUCAGUCUUGCUCUCAACUUCCUGCAUGAUAAAGGCAUAAUUUAUCGUGAUCUGAAACUUGAUAAUGUGCUCCUUGAUCACGAAGGCCAUAUCAAAUUGACUGAUUAUGGUAUGUGCAAGGAAGGUAUCAGACCUGGUGAUACCACUUCAACAUUCUGUGGAACACCAAAUUACAUCGCUCCAGAAAUCCUCCGUGGAGAGGAUUAUGGCUUCAGUGUUGAUUGGUGGGCACUUGGAGUCCUGCUUUAUGAGAUGUUAGCUGGUAGAAGUCCAUUUGAUAUUGCUGGUGCAUCUGAGAAUCCAGAUCAGAAUACUGAAGAUUACCUUUUCCAAGUUAUCUUGGAGAAGACGAUUCGUAUACCUCGCUCACUUUCUGUGAAAGCUGCAUCUGUGCUCAAAGGUUUCCUAAAUAAAAACCCGGCUGACAGAUUAGGCUGUCAUCGAGAAACAGGUUUCAUGGAUAUUGCAAAUCAUCCAUUCUUCAAAAGCAUAGAGUGGGAAUUGCUUGAGCAGAAGCAAGUGGCUCCCCCGUACAAACCUCGCCUCGAGUCGGACCGAGACCUGGCCAAUUUUCCUCCAGAAUUCACCGAUGAGCCUGUUCACCUCACGCCUGAUGACACGCGGGUGAUUGAGAAGAUCGACCAGUCCGAGUUCGAGGGCUUCGAGUACGUGAACCCGCUGCUGAUGUCGCUGGAGGACUGCGUGUGACGACGCGGGCGAGGAGUCCCGGCCCCCGGCGCGGGGGCGGCAGCGCGGCCGCGGGCGGCGGCGGGCCCGCUGCUUCUGUGCCUGCCGCUGCCGCUCUAGCGGCGCCACCGUCGCCGCGCGCCGCGUUAUCUGGAUCCCUGGCCCUCUUGUCCCCGUCUCGCCCGCCCCCGCCACUACACACUCUCACUGUCCCGUGUGCGCCGGAGGACUGCUCGACACUCGCACCCUAAAACUACUUUGCCGCCCGCGUGUUCUCUCUGCUUCUACGGCUCACGCAUUCAGGCCUAAUUUUUUCCUGCACAGUCACUCAGAAACAAACAAAAAAAUCAAUGGAGGCUAGCUCUGUCAUAAUGCUAUUGUUAUACUGUAAAAAAAAGGAAGUGUGAAGCAAGAAAGGAUGUUCUCGAAGAGAAGUGUAUUUAAAAAGAGAGAGAAAGAGAGCGUUACGUAUCAAGUAAUUUAGAUGUAAGAGUUAUAAAUUCUUCAACGACGGAAAAGCAGGUCUGUAGAUUAAGAUUUAAGUCGUAGAUGGUUACUUAGAUCAUCGGACUCCAAGUAUUGGAGGCUAUGAAAAAAAUGAAAACGUGACACUAAAGUGUGGCGCUUCAUAGCGCACUGUAUAAAAAAUUAUAUAUACAUAUAAAUAUACAUACCAUUGUUGUAUUUGAUAUCGUUUAUUUUUGUGGAGUAAAACUCAGUAUUUCCGAAGAGUCACUUGAAAGUAUUAACGAUGUUUUGGUGCAAAGUGGUCUUUCUCCUCCACUAAUUAACGCAAGAGUCGAGACGGAAACUUCUUGUGUUCCAAACGGCGCGCGGUGCUCUUUCCGUGUGCUACCGUUACGUUUUUGUGUGCUCUUUGUACAACAGUUUGGUCGUUCAGCUCUUGUAACGAUACGUCGUGUAGUAGUCCGACAAAAAAUAUAAAAAAAAGUAUCCGUUCCUUUGUACUAGAGGAACAAGUAUUAUUACCGUACAUUCCACUCUUUUUGACGUAUUUUACGCGUGAAAAAAAUCACUUAUUACAGGCAGCGUGGAUGGAGAAAAGUUUCGCAUUUUGAAAGUUUAUGUAGCUUCGCUUGUGAAUAACGUUUUUGCAGUAUUUGACGAGUAAGAAAAAGAAAUUGGGAUUGCAAUCCAGAUAACAAAGCCGGGACGAGAAAACUUGCUGUCAACGACUAGCGUACUCCGGCCACACCGCCAGUAUGUAUACCUAAGUAUAAACACGUAACGUUAAUCUUCAUAGUAUAUUCCAAACAAUUUCAACAGCCUAGCUUCUCUGUAGUGUUUUCCUGGUCCUCUCAUGCUGCGGUUAAAUCUUUCUCGGAGAUUUAAUGUAGUUCAAAAAAAUGAAGCGAGAAGUGAUAUUUUCUGUGAAAAGUUGAUUUGAAACGAUCCAUACGGUCGACUUCUAUACGAUGUCUUGUCAACACUGUUUUUAAUGAAGAUAAUUUUGGCCUUGAGGAGGAAGUCAGCUUGUUGUUGUUUUUAUUGUGUCGACUUGCUGCUUUGUUGACAGCAAUUGUUUGCAGUGUGUAGACGGGUGAUCCUUAACAUUCCAGUAUGUGCUUGGCUUUCGAGUUUUUAGUUUAUUCUUAAUGGAUAUUUGUACUUUAGAAAACUUUUUGUGUUUUAAGUGCUUUACUUAUUUUUAUGUAAUUAACUAAAUGUAAAACAGACGUGAAGUUUGUUAUUAUGUAUCUCAUGCAUAUGUUUUGAAAUAAAAAUAGA